GCUGUCAGUUACGGCUAAUACGCAGUAAAGGCUACAUCAGCCGAUUUGAACAAGAGUUAUUCAAAAAGAGCAAAAUGACUAUCGUGCUGGUGUCUCUGAUUCUCGGAGCGUUUGCAAUUCUGUAUUACUAUCUGACGCACAACUACAAGUAUUGGCAGAAACGUGGAAUUCCGUGCGCGGACGGAAUCUUGCCAGGAAUUGGUCAUAUGCUGCCAGCAAUCACUUUAAGAACAACUUUCCCCGAAUUUCUUAGCAAGAUGUACAAUGACAAUAAAAAUUGUAGCAUGGUUGGAUUUUACAGUUUUACAAAACCGUCGUUAGUAGUCAUCGAGCCGCAAUUAGUGAAAACAGUGUUGCAAGCAAACUUUUCCAGCUUUAACCGAAACGUUUUUCAAGUCGAUCCCGACUUGGAUCCGCUCUUUGCGCUAAAUCCUUUCAACUUGAUCGGCGAAAAGUGGCAAGCCGCCAGGAAGCGUCUGACUUACGCGUUCUCUAGCAUGAGGCUGAAGAUCUUACUUGAAAGCGUCAAAACGGUGUGCGUGGUAUUCGAAAAUUAUUUGGACAAUAAACUGAAAGAAACCAGAAAGAUAGAAGUGGAGCUGAAGGAUCUAUGCUCAAAAUUCACCGCGCAGGUGGUGGCUGGCGCUGGUUUCGGCGUGGACGGAUAUUGCUUUAACGAGGAGAAAAAGGAUCUGUCUUUUCAAAAAGUCGGUACGGCUAUUCUACAGCCGAAUUUACGGACCAAGAUCGUAAUGAUGUUGACAUUUAUAGCCCCGUCGUUAAACAAAAUAUUGAGAGUAAAAGCUAUACCAAAGCAUAUUGAUAAUUUUUUUCGCACCUUAGUCGCGGAACUUAUAGAGCAGAGAAGAAAGGACGGGAAACCUAGAAACGAUUUUCUUCAUUUAAUGACUGAAUUGGAAAAGCAGGAAGGCACUAAAUUUGACCUGGAGGUAUUAACGGCUCACGCCAUGUCGUUUUUCAUAGAUGGCUAUGAGACUUCUAGUACAGUUAUGAGCCUUGUUCUCUAUCAAUUGGCCGUCCAUCAAGAAAUUCAAAAAAAACUACGUGAAGAGGUAAUGUCCGUGUUCGAAAAAUACAAUGGUGAAAUCACAUACGAAGGCUUGAAAGAGAUGACUUAUAUGGAUCAAGUUCUGUGCGAAUCGCAAAGAAUUAUACCCACGGUAGGAUUUCAGAGCAAGAUGUGCACUGAAGAGUUCGAGCUGAAGGGAUCCGACGGGCUUGUCUGUCGCGUACAGCCUACAACUGAAAUUCAGAUACCAGUUGACGGUUUACAUCGCGAUCCUAAAUAUUGGAACAACCCUGAGAUAUUUGAUCCUGACAGAUUCAGCCCGGAAAAUAAACAAAGCAUUGAUCGAUUUGCCUUUCUUCCUUUCGGCGAAGGUCCUCGUAUCUGCCCGGGAAUGCGGAUGGCUCUGCUGCAAAUAAAAGCUGGUCUGGCUGUAUUAUUAAGGAAAUAUAGUUUAGAACUUUCUCCCAAGACAAAACUGCCUUUGAAAAUGAUCCCCGGAGCCAUUCUGGCAUCCCCGGAAGGCGGUUUGUGGGUCAAAAUCCAACAGCUUUAAUUGCAAAUAUUUUUUUCUAAGCUAUAUCAGUCUCACAAUUUUUAAACGUAAAGGAUAAAUUAGUAGCAAAUUUUUGGGAGCUAUACAUAUCAAAUUUAUUUUAGAUUUAAUUACAUUUUUAUUAGAGACGUUUUUAUUAAAUCCGAUUACUUACAUGUUUUUGAAUUUAAUUUAGACAAUAUAAAACUUGCAACAAAAUUUGAGAUUGAUGUUUAUUUGUAAUAUUAAUUAAAAAACAUUUAAAAAAGCAAAGUACAUACAUAUAACAUAUACAGGGGUCAAUGCAAAGGUUAUUCUGUGAUUGUUAUUAAUUCAGCAUUGACAUUGAAACUGUACAUCAUCGUAAAAGUCGGAACAAGUAGAUGGAAGCGGCGCAAUUGCUGGCGAUUAUUCAAUAAAAAAGUGACUAACACUGUA